GGAUAAUAUUUGACUGCGCACCUCCAGCCCUGCGACUCCCUACUGCCAACAUGUCGUUCUCCUCGCUCGUCUCAGAUCUCACGCACCGGAACUUGGAUCGCGACGACCGCCGCUCACAGGUAUCGCGCACGCGGUCCUACGCCAGCACCGCCGCCACCAGCGUCAGCAUUUCCGGCGACAUCUCGAGUCAAUUGCAUGGCGGCUAUAGCCACCCGCUUGCACGAUCAUGGCAAGCCGAGCGGCAACUCACAAAGUCUAUGCUCAUCUUCCCACUGUUUGUAUCCGACCAGCCUGAGGAGGAGACCCUCAUUCCCUCUCUCCCGAACCAGUACCGUCGCGGCCUCAAUCGCCUCGUACCCUACCUCGCACCUCUCGUCGCCAAAGGCCUUCGAUCCGUUAUCCUCUUCGGCGUGCCCAUUGCUCCCGGCGCCAAAGACGCUCUGGGAACAGCCGCCGACGACCCAGAGGGACCCGUCAUACAAGCCAUUCGCGUUCUCCGCCGAGCAUUCCCCGACCUCUUCAUCACCGCAGAUGUCUGUCUUUGUGAAUACACCUCCCACGGACACUGUGGUAUCCUCCGGGACGACGGAAGCCUGAACAAUGCGUUGUCUGUGGACCGCAUCAGCGACGUUGCCAUGGCGUACGCAGACGCUGGCGCCCACUGCGUCGCACCCUCAGACAUGAACGACGGUCGUAUUCGUGCCAUCAAGCUGAAGCUCAUUGAAGCUGGCAUUGCACAUCAGGUUGUGCUGAUGUCAUACGCUGCCAAGUUCUCAGGCUGCCUCUACGGUCCGUUCCGAGACGCCGCGGGCUCGUGCCCAUCCUUUGGCGACCGCCGCUGCUACCAGCUACCCCCGGGCGGAAGGGGUCUUGCGAGACGAGCCAUCGUUCGUGAUAUCAACGAGGGAGCUGAUAUUAUUAUGGUGAAGCCUGCAAGCCAAUACCUGGAUAUCAUUAGCGACGCGAAGGAGCUUGGGAAGGACCUACCAGUGGCGGCUUAUCAGGUCUCCGGAGAGUUUGCCAUGAUCCACGCAGCUGCCAAAGCGGGUGUGUUUGAUUUGAAACAAAUGGCUUUCGAAGCGACUGAGGGAAUUCUGAGGGCUGGUGCUACAAUUGUAGUCAGCUACUUCACCCCAGAGUUCUUGGAUUGGCUGGACAACUAAGACUUGCAAUACGGUAGAUGAAACUCCUUUGUUCAUGUCUCUCCAGCAUUCAAAAUGGGAUAUAAUGGGCUCUCUAUUGGCAUCUUUGAGCACUGGCGUCUAUUUCUUGGGGUUUCUCUCUAUAGGCUCUUUUUCGAACGCCUAUGGGCAGCUCUGGUAUGGUGUGUAGAAAAACACGGGUCAUAUGCACACCUCUCUUUAAUUAUUACAUCGUCGUAUCUAUGACAUAGUGAACCUCAAUUGAUGGUAUUGUAUUUGCGUGCUUCCCGGUAGCUGUCCUAGUCACCGCCAGUUGAGCAUUAUUAGUGCAGGCUGCCGUCGUUGUCUCAGCCUUCGUGGCCUACUUGGUGCACGGAAAGAAGCGCUACACAGCGCAUGUCACUUGUAUAUAAGAGCAGAGAAUAUAUAGUUAGAUUCUUGUCUGUCGAUUAGAC